CUCAAACCGUAACUCUCCUAUUUUCAUAUAACUUGAGCUUUGUAACUUUUAUACUUUAUUCCAAAUGUGAAAUAAAAAAGUUUAUAAAGAUUAUAUUGGCUUACCAUUGUGUAAUUAUUAUAUUUGUUUCUUAAACAUACGAAACCUUCGGAGUUCAUGGAUAGCGCUCCGAACUUUUUUAUCGAACAACUUGAUACACACGUAAACAUAAAUCUCAAACAAAAUGCAUGCAGAAUCUAAUGUUUUUCUCUUUGGAUUUCAGCUUAACAAGAAUCUGUAACCUUUCGGGAAAAAAGACCGUAAACUCGGCGUCUCCUAUAUUUCUUGAUAUUAACCUUUUCUGUUCGUAUAAAUAAAUAGAGUCAAAUUCAAAUUAAUGUAGAUUUUGAUUUUUUAAUGAACUGAUUAGGGAAGACGAGCUAUUUACCCAUUUCCCCACGAGAAAUAUCGUAUAGCACCGUAUCGUAUGUUUCUCAAAUUAUGACCUCAUUCUGGAUUUCUCCGAAAUAAAAGUUCUAAACCUAUUUCUUCAUGAAACUUAAGCUUACUAUAGAUUAAAAGUUCGAAAUCCAUGGCCCCAUAAAAUUAAAUUACUUGGUUUAAAAAUUUUACUGAUAAACCAAAACCAUCAAAAUUUUAAUAAUAAACCAAACUAAACCAAAUUCAAAAAUUAAACCUGACUCUACAAAAAAAUAAAACAAACCAACGCUUCUGGUCUUCUUAUUCCUUCAUCAAUCUGUAACCAUGGCUGAAUUCAAAGACUCAGAAAUUUUCGAAAACCCAGCUUGAAGCCAUAGUAGUCAAGAAAUCAAAAUCAUAAACCCACAAAGUUUCUUCCUUUUUCUUUUACUUCUACGUGAGACUUGUCUUCUCUGAUCCAUUGAUGUUCUUGUCUAAAUAUUAUUAAACUUGAGACACUAAUGACAGUUUUCUCCAAUUAAUAAGAGAUUUGAUUUAUUCAGAAUGGGGCUGAAGGAGAAGACAUAAAGAAACAAUGUGUUAAUGGUGAUAGAGGUGGUGGGGCCGUUGAAUCAAAACUUGUAAACCAUUGGGUUAAUGGUGAUACUAAUCUCUUUAUCUCUCUUGAAGAACAUGUCUGUAUUGCUAGCGACGAGAUUAACAAGCAUAUCCAAAACAAUGAGAGAAGAAAGAAGAAAUUAAUUAAUGGAAGCAAUACAUAUGUAGAUGAAGAAGUGAUUGGUUAGGGAUUAGGUGAAGGAAAAAUUGGGUAAAAUCUGGGGAAAAAGGGGUGAGGAAGAGGAUGAUGGUCGGGUCACGCUUUUUGUUUGGGUUUAACUGAAUUAGGUUUCGGUUCUAUUUAAGAGUUUUUUUUGUUUGGUUUUGUGAUUAUACCGGAAAUUGUCUUAACCAAUACCAAAUUGUGUUUCAUGGGGAAAUAUGUUUUAUACGAUACUUCUCACGGAAAUAAUUCGUCCUCUCCCAACUGAUUAUUUAACAAUUUUGUGAAAAGAAAAACAUAAUGUUUAACCGACUGGAUGACGAUACACAUAUUAUAAACUACAUCCAGUAAAUUAAUAAAAAAAUGCAUACAUCCAUGACCUUAGAUUUAAACCGUGCGCACAUGGGUUACUUAUCAUAUAAAAUCACUUAAGAAGUUAUAUUGUAUAAAAUUCCAUUUUUUUAGAGUAAAAAUAAAAAUAGAGAAAAAUUAUUUCAAUCCUACUUCAUUUUCCACUCCAUGAGAGUGGUGAACAAACAAAAAAUAAAUUUCUCUAUUUAUGAAAUAAAUUUUAUUAUGUAAUGAGAUAUGAAGUUGGUUUAGCGCAUUUUUACUCUAUUUUAGAGAAAAAAAUAGAAUAGGAAUAGAGAUGGUAUUAGAACUUAUCUUGCUUUGAAGAAUCUCGAAAUAAUAUAUUGCAAGAAGGGUCCUACCUAAGUAUCCAUUUAAUCUGUAGGGAGAUGAAAAAGGCGUGCGAUAGAGCCGUCAGAGGCAUUACAUGUCCAUACCAAAAGGAUCCCGCUGCAUACUUAACUUUGGCUGCUGCCUCGCUGAUAAAGAACGAUGGCACGGGCAGCGGAAAAACUCUGUUGACAGGUUCAUUCGUGGAUGAGGUAUUCGAUCCAAAUCCACAAAAUAAAAAAUAAUUAAAAUAAACUAAUAUAUUAAAUAAAAUAAAAUAUAUUAUUUUUAUAGAUCCAUUUUGUUGUAGAUAUAAAUAUUUAAAAAUUCUAAAGUAAUCUGCCUUUUUCUAUUGUCAAAGCGACUAAAAAGGCGUUUUUAGAGUAGCUAAUAUUUAUCUCAGCAAUUAAGAAAAAAAAAUAAGAAUAAGGGAUAAACAAGAUAAAAGCUCAAAUAUCACAUACUUUUAGUUACUUUUUGCAACAAAAUUUUUUUUCUACAACAACACUUAAUAUGAAACAAAGAGAAUAUUAUACAAGAGAAACCGAUGGAAGAUCUCACUAUUGUCCAUGUUCUUACAAACUCAUAAUUAGAACCAAGCUCAGAGAUGCUUAAAAACAUGGCUAAUGGAGAGUUCUUAAGGUGGGGUUCUUAGCGUAAUAUAAGAAACUAUCUUUUAACUUUUAGCUUUUAAGAACCGGUUCUUAGUUUUUUUAGUUAAAAAUUAAGAAACAGUUUCUUAUAUUUCGUUAAGAACCUCACUCUAAGAAUCCGGAUUAAUCAUAGUUCAUGAGAGAGAGAGUACUGUGGGGUAACACUUGCCUAAAUCUUUAAGACCUCAUUUAAUUAUGAAAUUACUGUUAGGCAAUUCGAGUUAAAUAAUAAAGGUGACGACGUUUUAUAUUCAAUGCUUUUCAUGGCUCUAUAAAUAGUAGUAUGUACUACCCACAAAGCCUCACCACAAGCAUUCACACUUUAAAAUCAACAAAUACAUAAAAAUGGUCUCAAAGAGCUCAACCACCAUUAGCCUCAUCAUCAUCUUCCUCAUCUUCAGCCUCGCCGAGGCUGACCUCUUUCUCUCGCCUUCACCGGGCUUUGGUACGUGUCCUAGAGAUCCAUUGCAACUUGGUGUAUGCGCCAAUGUCCUUGGCCUAGCCAAUGUCAUUGCUGGCGACACCAGAGCACGGCCGUGUUGCAGUGCUAUCACUGGCCUUACGAACGUCCAAGUAGCCGAUUGCCUCUGCUUUGUCUUCAGGCCACUUCCUUUGGUUUACGGUAUCGAUAAGGCCGUUAGAACAAUAUUUUUCGCUUGUAAUAUGGUUUUUCCUAUUGGCUUUCAGUGUCCACCAUCACCAGUAUCUAGCCCUUAAUCUCACCUGAUUAAAAACGAGAACCUUAUCCAGUAACUACUUACAACGCAAGUAUGCUUUCUUAUUCAUGUUAUACAGAGUUGAUGUGUGUUUCGUUGUUAAACAGGGCGUAAUAAUAAGGACUACAAAUGUUGUUAUGUGUACGAAGAAUAAUACUUGAAUAAAUCUGUUAUGUGUACGAAUCAUAAUAUAUAAUUAAGUGUUACGUUUGUUUUGUUCCCCA